UUGAUCUGUUUCAAAAUGGCGACUGUCAGUUCCGGUCUUAAAUAAGUUAGUUUUAAGGACUGGGCGACUGAGAGAGACAUAGUCCAUCUCCUCUGAGCGGACUGACCGGGGCUUGGUGGUCCUCGGGGGGCGUAGUUAAGUCCAAGUGCACCGCCCAGACAACGAGCGUCCAAAGUUGGGAGAAGUCGUCCGCUGUUGCACCGCUGAAUGAAGCCGCAUCCUCGCUUGUGUGUGGACUAAAACUUGCUAGCGCCCUUUUUACGGUUCAAAUACAACUUCUUUUCAAGAUUUUUUUUACCCUACUCAGAGUGGAAUUACUACCUAGGAGACAUCACUCCAGCAUCCAAACCCCAAAGUUCAUCAUGGAGUCAUCAGCUCUUCUUCUUUGCCUGGCUUUUGUCAUCGUCUCUGCUUCAAGCCCGACAUGCGAUCCCGAGAAGCUCAGCUACAAUUCCUGGGUCUCCGUGAGGGAGAUGCAAAUGGGCUGCUGGACCAGCUUCAUUGGACAAGACAAGGCCGAGGUCCACAUCCUGAACCUGAACUUUGCUGCCUCGGAGGGGAAGAUUUUCUCUCUGGAGGUGGCCGACGCGAGGCCCAUGAACCUCAUCAUCACGUCGCCAUCGGCAGCCUACGGUCUCAUCAAUGAGACCAAUGCUGACGUCAAUAUUUACAAAAGCAACGCCUCCACAGUCGUCCUGUACACCAACGGCCAUCUCGUCAACAUCCAUACUGUCGACUUCCCUCGUGAGGAUGAGGAGCUGGUCAAGUGGGCGACCAGGAAGUUCGGAGGCGUGACUUCCUUCACCACCGUUGCCAACCUUAAAGGGAUGCAUUUCAAGGCAACAGAAGGAACAAAAGCAGGCCCUCAAGAGUGCAUACUCAAAAAUGAAGAUCCUUCAGAAAAGCACUUCAUGAAGAUUGAAGCGACGGCCUUGACGUCCUCGUUCAAGUCCUGCUUUCCGCAGCAACGCGCUGAUGAUUCCAAGCUUCAUAUCAUAAACAUCCCGGAGGACGCCAACGUUCGCAACAUCUCUGUGCGUGUGGACACAAAGAAGACCAGUGUGUUCCUGAGGGGUCCACAGGGCACCACGUGGACGUUCCUCAAUCUACAGCACACAAAGUUUUGUAGUAACAACGAGAUCCUCCUGCCCGCCAUGGCCCACACCAUGCAGCCCGUGUGUACGCUGGGCAGCGACAAAGCCGAGGACGUGCAAAGGAAGGCGUUGGCUUACUUCAAAGUUGCAAACUUCACCAGUUACACCGAAAUCAGAUCGGAAGAGUCGACGUUGUUACUGGUUCUUGGACAGGGAAGCUCACCAGUGACGCCCACAGCAGCCGUACCCUCCUUGUCCUCCACCACGGUGCCGCCUGAUCAGAUGCCUUUGUUGAUGCAGCUGUACACGUCCCCGGAUUACCGCUCGCCGCUGGACCCCAGCGCUAAGGUGCAGAGCGACAAGAAAAUCUAUGCUGAGAUUUCUGGCAACACUCUCGGCGCCAUGGUUCUGACCAUCCAGGUGAUCAGCUGUUUGGUGAGCUCCAAGGGCUCCAGCUCGGUGGUCAAGGACCUUCCCUUCAUCCCAGAGUUCUGCUCCUUGAAUUUGUGUCCCAACAGCACACGGCUCAGCUUCUCCUUGGGUCAGCUCCACGAGCUGACCACCACCUGGGACGUGGAAUGCUCCGUCAAACUUUGCUACAGCAAGAAAUGUGUCGACGGGGGAAGAGUGAAGAGGAGCCUGGAGGUCACACCGCCUUGUCAGCAAACACUGAACCCUCCCUGCUUUGAUUUCGGCCUCCCGGGGGUCCUGGGCAUCGCCUUCGGGGGCUUCCUGAUAGGAGUGUUACUUAUUGGAGCUUUGUGGUUCAUCAAAAUCAAAACAGGCUACCCAACAGGACUGGACAUGGCCUCCCCCCUCUCUUCCGGGUGUCCCUGCUCAGGCGCCAAGCGGCAGCCCGUGUCGUCCAACCCCUCCCCCUCUGAGAACAGCAGCGCCAACGCCAGCAUCGGAAGCACCCAGAGCACACCCACUAGCAGCAUGGCAUGAGAUGAGGGUGCCCCCCACCCCCACCAACAACCUCCCACCAGCAGCAUGGCAUGACAUGAGGGUGGCCCCCCAACCAACCUCCCACCUUCAGCAGUCGGCAUCGCCCCCUUCUGUUGACCAAUAUGGGUUUCCUCCCCACUUAGAUUCAAAAGCACAACCCUCAUCUUUGACACACAAGCAUGGAUGGGAGGGGGCCGGGGAGGAGGACUGGGGGGGUGUCAGCCCACACAGCGUCUUAAUGGAUGGUGUGUGAUGUUCACCUCUGCGGCCUAUCUUUAAAGCCGAGCUUCUAGACAGGAAGUUAAAGAGGGCAAGAGGAAGAAAAAAUUAAAUUGGCUUCCCAUCAACAGGAAAAACAAACAUAGCCUCCCCCCCCCCCAGGAAAUUCACUGCAUUCCUCCCUGAGUUAUGCCGGUGUGCGAUCGCAGCACAAUAAUAGUCGGAACGGGAGAUCCAAACCAUUUGGUCCACUCAGUUAGGAAACACCCCCCCCCCCCAAAGAGGUGUUUCUCUCAGGGUGGGGGGGCGGUUUCUACCUCAGAGACCUACCUCGCUGCUUCCCCUAAAGUUGAAGUUUAGCAAUUUGAUGAUGUAGCAUUCACACAUGGCACCCCCAAAACCUGUAGGUGCUGUCAGCCGCCCCCCCCCUCCCAAGCCCCCAGUCAGCCGCCCCGCUGCUAAUGCUGGACAGACACUGCAACCAUGUGACAUUGUUUUGUAUUGCUAACAUUGUUUAUUUGGACCUGUUGCUCAUGCUAGUUAUUAUCGACUACUUCUCAUUAGCACAUUAGCACAUCCCAUAAAACGUCCGUAUCCAUGACAACGAGCAUCACAUUCUCACCGCUUCCUUUUCAUUAUUUACUGAAAUUGAUUAUUUGUGCAAUAUGAUGGGAGGGGGGGGGGGGGGGGCAAAGGGUGGAUAUGUUGAUAACUUUGUUGAUACGCCGAUGCUUCAUUGUUUUGUUUUUAUUCAAAAUGUUUGUAGUUGAAGAUGUCAACCAUGUAUGCCGAGCUAUGUACAUGUGCUGCUGUAAAACUGACGCCACGCUAAUGAUUGUAUGGAGAAGAACCGUCUUGACGUACAUCCCGUAUAUUGUUGUUUUGUACAAGCGUUAAGUGUGAAAACUGUACCAUUCUUUCCUCCAUUCCAAGAAUUGGGACCAUCCCUAACCCAAGGCACUUAUCCAACCUGCAAGAUUUUUGUUUUGGUGUUUGUGUUGUUUGUUUUGGAUGACAUUGUGCUCAUGGUGUCUUGUUUCACAUCCGCUCCAUUUUCACCCCUUUUCUUGGAGCCCCCGGUUGUCCAAAGACACUACAUCCUGACAUUGUGUUCGCUGUCUAACACACACACACACACACGUGUGUGUACGACAGACAGCGGAUGUCUUUGUUACCUCGUCUCCACUCCAGUGUUUUUCAUCAGAAUGAAGUCAUGGUUGAAAUAAAACGUGUUUGUUUGUUUUAAAGUGUCUAAAUGUUGAGGUAGUACUGUAGUACUCAAAGGACCGUGUGUAUUGCUAUGUUUGUUUGUCAAGGAUUAUAGAUUUUCUAUGAAUAUCAUCUUAAUAAAGUGGUUAUGACUUUA